AAUGGUUACAGGAGAGCUCAAGUAUUUUUACCCCUUGCCUUCAACUAAAAUAUUUACGGUAUUAAUGCAGGUUGAUUAAUACGAUGGUAAAUCAUCAAGCGCUGCCUCAUACAAAAAGGUGCUCGUUCAACUGACUCCUCAGUAUUAAUUUCUUAGAGUGUCACUAAAAAUAAAGUACCUGGCAUCACGUGAUUAUCUCUCCGAAGACUAUCUGUUGGAAUCGUCAGUCCUCUUUGUUUUUCUGUAGCUCUUAGCAGUUUUUUGGGGGAUAUCUGUAAUGGCAACGGAUGCCGCUGUGUUGCUUGAAGCCUUAGACUUUGCCGCAAAGAAGCACAGAUGCCAAAAGCGAAAGGAUCCAGAGGGAACACCGUAUAUCAACCAUCCGAUUGGGGUUGCCAAGAUUUUGUCACAUGAAGCUGGAAUUACAGAUAUUACAGUUUUGCAGGCUGCUGUACUUCAUGACACAGUUGAAGAUACAAAUGCAACAUUUUCUGAAAUUGAGGAGAAGUUUGGUGUGUUGGUAAGGCAGAUUGUGGAAGAAGUGACAGAUGAUAAGUCAUUGCCGAAAUUGCAGCGCAAGCAGCUGCAGAUCGAGCAUGCACCACACUGCAGCCAUCAGGCCAAACUGGUGAAACUGGCAGACAAACUCUAUAACCUGCGAGAUCUGAAGAGGAGUACUCCAGUAGGUUGGACAGAGAAACGUGUACAAGAGUACUUUGUCUGGGCCUCACAAGUGGUGAAAGGAUUAAGAGGUACACAGCCCAUUUUGGAAGAGAGACUGGAUGAGCUGUUUAAAGAGCGUGGGAUCGUAAUCUGAAACUGAAGAGUUAAGAGUAUCUCCACCAACCACUAAAGCUGGAGGAGGAAAGGGAGUUCAGCAUGGACGUGUACUUUUCUGCUACUGUAUUGUUUAUAAGGCAUGACAAUACUAAGUAGCAUGGGCUACGUUAACAUUUUUUGGAUCGGACUACGUUAGAUAAUGGUUAAAAAAAAAAGCCUUAAAUACCCUGUCUCAUAAUUUAAAAUGUACAUUUACUGAUAAAAAAACAUGUAACCACAUCUUAAAAUACAGAUUUUGUUUAAAUAUUUAUACUUAUAGCACAUUAUGGAAUACAAAUCUGGAGGCAAUGCUGUGAAUCGGUUACUGUUGAUCUCUUGGUCAUGGAUAUGCAGCUUAAAUCUUACAACUGUCACCAGCUAAUAUAACAAGCCAAUGUCUGUGCCAGGCUUAGAAAUAAAAAGACUACAAUGAGAACAAGA